AUGAAGGUCCCUGUCUCAGCUUUGGAGGGAUGCCUGGCCUCCUUUAUUGCAGCAGAUGAGAGAAGAACUAAAGCCAGCACACAGUUCUUUGCAGAUACAGGUCUUAUGGCCAUGCUGUGUUGUCAUGACCAUGUUCUCUGGCUAGUAAACAUGACUACUGCUGGAGAACGCCAAUACUAUGCUCUGGUAUUGAUAAAAAUGCUGUUUAUAUUAUCAAUGACAGUUGGAAUUUUGUAUGACAUUGGAUGCCAGUUGGAGAGAAGUUGCCAAAUUUGGGGGUUUCUGGAGGAAUUCAUGGCAAGAAUCCUUUUUGCCCUUGCAGUUUUCCAUGGAUAUGGACACCAGUGGCCCUGCCAACUUGUUUAUCACCCUUGUAAAUGUGAAGGUUUUGGCCUCUCUGAUGGUGAGGUGCUAUCAAGUUAUUAG